UCUCGCCCGUCUCCUCUCCAUCACCUUCUCGCUCGUCGGCACGCGAGGUGGUUGCAGAGGAGGCUUUUGAUCUUUCUCCCUACAAUUUUUUGGGUGGCAGAAGAAAGCCUGAGAGACAUGUUAUCCAUGACCAACACUUGAAAAGUUGCCAUCUCCCAUUUAUUUCUCCACCACUGUUCUCCAGCUGCCUCUUUUCUUCCUCUCUUCUCUAUCUCUGCUGCGUCUUCUUGUUGGGCUCGGAUCAUUUCACUUCACUUACUGGCCAAUCCGAAGAAAUUUGACGCUGUUGAGUGGUUCAAGUUCCAAGACAGGUUUGAUCCGUCUUCGUGCUCCCCUCUGAGAGAAAAGUGCGGGAGAACGAAAGAUCCAGAUCUUACCUGCUUAGAUCUCAGUGCCUUCAUCGCCGUCUUUCUCCAGGUAAUACCUACAGGACUUGGCGCAACAUCACGGCAAGAGUAUGAACACCAUCUCGCACGUUCCACCGGGCUUUCGGUUCCACCCCACCGAUGAAGAACUGGUAGAUUACUACCUGAGGAAGAAAGUGGCUGCAAGAAAAAUCGACUUAGACGUAAUAAAAGAUGUGGAUUUGUAUAAAAUCGAACCUUGGGAUCUUCAGGAGAUCUGUAGGAUAGGAGCAGAAGAGCAGAACGAGUGGUACUUCUUUAGCCACAAGGACAAGAAGUAUCCAACCGGAACUCGAACUAACCGAGCAACCACAGCUGGAUUCUGGAAAGCCACUGGAAGAGACAAGCCGAUUUACUCCAAGCAUAGAUUGGUCGGAAUGAGGAAGACUUUGGUCUAUUACAAGGGUCGAGCACCAAAUGGCCAAAAGUCAGAUUGGAUCAUGCAUGAAUACCGUCUUGAAACAAGUGAAAAUGGACCUCCACAGGCAAAGGGUUGGGUUGUGUGCAGGGUGUUCAAGAAACGAGUGCCGACCGCAAGAAAGGCAAGUGAUGAAUUGCCAUGGUACGAUGAGCAAGGUUCCUUCAUGCAAGACAUCGACUCCCCAAAGAGGACCAUGCCGCAGCCUGCCAUGGAGUAUCAUCAUCACCACCAACUCUAUUCCUACAAGAGAGAGAUAAAACUGCAUUACCGCUCGCCGCACGAAGCUCUUGACCACGAGCUCCCACCAGUAGAGCCCCCCAUGAUUUUUAGCUACCUGAACCACGGAGACUCCCUACAACGACUCAUCUUCUCGGAGAAUGAAGCAAUGCAACCUCGACACCAACUUCAGGCAACCACGACGGACAACAACGAUGAAAACGUAAGCCAAGCAUCAGACCAAGUGACGGAUUGGAGGAUUCUGGACAAGUUCGUUGCAGCUCAGCUCAGCCAUGAUGGCUCAAAGAAACCUAUCUACUCGGAUGAAGACGACCUUCUUCAAGUUGCCGAUGAACAAGAAGUUGCCAUGGAGUUCCCGUCGACAUCCACGUCGAGCUGCCAAAUGUAUCCGUGGAAAUGAAACAUGAAUUCUCCUAUGUAGCCAGCACGAUAUGAAUCAUAUAUGUGCGAGUGAUGAUUAUGGUUGUGUACAUAAGGUACUAGACGAUUGCGAUGCGGCUGUUGUUCUAGAUAUUCCUACUUAUGAAUGAAGCAAAGACUACUAAUAUGAAUGUGCGCCAUGAUGUUAUUUGCUUCAUCAGAAAAUU